AGCAAUACUCUAUAGCAUUGUCCUGGCUUUCAGAAACAUACAGUUUUCAUACAUCCUCUUUCAUCUAUCCAAGCUUUCCAUUACGUGAACAAACUUUUGUUAGCUAUUUAGUUUCCCAGAACUUUGUAACUUCACGACUUAUCCGCACCUACCAACCAGUGCACUCUUCUGAAAUGUCAAGGUUCAUAAUGCCUAGUCAGACGCCAAAGUUCUCUCAUCAGCUUUUAUCAGAAAUGAGGUCACUGACAUACAUUUUUCCUACAGUAUUCAUUACCACACAGGCAAUAAAUAUUCAAAGCAGUGUUUCAGAUGAUUCCAAAGAUGACGUUGCCAGUAUGUUUAAAGAACAUUCUGUUCCAGCUAAGCCAAUGAGCCCAACAGGGUCUUUGCUUCUCAGUAAAACGUUAGUAACAUUACAGCCAAGCCUGCAGUCCUAUGUUUUUCGGUUGAGUUCCUCUGAUUAUUUAUACAGUGUUUUACUUACAGUGACAAAGAGUUCACUCUAUACUACAAGCAUGUACACUCUGUCCCUCGCACUUACUGUUCAGAAUGUCUCAGGGAGUAUUGGUAGGACUGCAGUCCUUCAGAGGAAUGCUACAGAAGUGCCAUUUACACCACUGCUGUCACAGCAAGAAGCAGAAACUGAUGGUUUCAUGAGAGACCUGUCCAGCCAUCUGAGCAUAUUGAAGGAUGACCAGGAGACGACUGCAAGCACCCACUUUGACACCUCAAUGUUUCCCUUCACUUCAUUCGCAUUUGCUACAACAUCCACGUCAGCAGCUUCUAUCACUGCUUCUGAGCCACACAGUAGUCUGCAAAUCUCUUAUAUUAGUGCGCUCUUCCCUCAGACUGUUCAAAUAUUUAGCACAGUAAACAUGGCAGUGGUUUCCACAGAGCUGCUGUUGGAUGACAUUUCUGGAAGCAUGACAUACUCCACCACUUUUGCCAGUCUUAUCCCAGCCAUUUCUUUUUCACAAUUUAAAAGCUCUGCGACUAAAAGCUCUUCACUUUCAUCAGAAGAGGUCAGCAAAGUUUUAAUUUUUAAAACUGCUACAGAAACAGAUUUGUACUAUAUUGCUUCCACCACUGCAUUAUCCCCACACAGAUUCUCCUCUCCAAUUUUAUUAGCUACCCAGUAUCUUUCUUUACCGGCCAUAAGUUUCAGUGGGAUUCUGUCCUCUGAACCGGCAGUCUCUUUAACAGCUCUGAAUAAAAUAGUGCCACCUUCUGGCAAAUCAGAAACACCUGCCUUCAAGCCAGAUACAAUCCAAACUGUCCCAUUUAUAGACUUUGUCCUGCCAGUCUCUCAGACACUCACCAUUCCACCAGUCAAAGAAGAUUUGUUCCAAUCUAGUCAUUCAACAUUCAAACCACUCCCACAGCUAUCUUCAUUGCUCUCUCUUGAUGUGUUUCCAACAAUACUGUUUUCCCAGCAUCCUUUAUUUUCCAAAAGCCAGGAUGAACCACAGCCUUCUUACACUCAGAUGCCUUUAAACACUUUAUCUCAACAGAUACAGGAUCCAUUGUAUUCCACUGUAGAAGAAACAUACCAACUAACCAUGCUGGGUUCCAUCAAUCCAACCCGUUCUUUUGAGGGGGAACUUGGACACACCUCAUUGUCUAUUCCUUCUGUACCACAGAAGUAUAGUUUGGAACCAUCAUAUCCUGUGUCUAACAUUUCUCUAUUACCAUUUAAAGAUCCAUUAAUCCCUAGUGUUUUGGCCCCACUGCCUAUGGAGUCAUCAUUGAAUAUUUUAAUGCUAUCAGAGUAUUUAACAUCAUUCAUCCCCUUUGUCUCUCCUGGUACAUCACCAUUAAUAUCUCCAGAUAAGAAAAUGACCAGGCUGGAUGAUGAAAACUCCCUUAUUCAACAGUCUAGCCCUACAAAGCCUACUAUCUCUAAGGGGCCUGCUCCAACACUGACAUAUAAAGUAGCUAUCCACAUUUCUACUCCCUUGCCUGCAGAACAUUUCACUGCAAUUACUACUGAUGCUCUCCUCACAUCAUAUCACUUUACACCAGAAGUCUCUUCAACAGCAGAAACCCACGGCUUUUCUACCAGUACAGUGCCUUUCCUUCAUCCCUCACCCUCCGUUAGAGAGCAGUUCUCUUCUUCCAUGUUAUAUUUUACAGCUCCACAUAUUCAACAACCAGCUAGCACAUGUCAUUUCACAUCUACAGCUUUAUUAUAUAUCACCCCAGGCAAUACAUUCCCUCUCACCCCCUAUACAACAGUCUCUCUUCUGGAAACUGAGUAUGAUGUAGUUUCUCCCACUUGCACAGUUUUCUUUGCCACCUCAAGCAAUAAAAUGCCUGCCACGUUUUACUUCCCAUAUAUGACUUUGUCUAGAUCUUUACAACAGUUAUUAGAACCUAGUAAACCUGCCUCCUAUAUGUUCACCAGUUAUUUUUCCUUUUUGACACUCUGGACAACUAAAAUGAACACUACAAGCCAUGUGUAUCCAAUCUCAUCAACAACAGCACAUCUGGGAAAAGACAGCAGAAGUUUCAGCACAUCACUGGAAUUUUGGUCUACAGCUGGAAGGCCCUCUCUACAAGCAAGCAAAACAGCUAUUGAAAACACCUCUCCAACUGUUGUCCACUCCAUCGAUGUCCUUUUUGCCACCAUUGGUUUCCCAUUUCAAUACACCAUACCACCCAACACAUUUUCAGACAGAGAAGAUGGGAGCACCACAAACCUAACUUUAGCAAUGGGUGCAGCAGACGGCUCUCCCUCCGGCCCAGAGUCCUGGGUAAGACUGGACCAAACUCAACACAUUAUACAAGGGUACCCUCUGGAGACAGACCUUCAGUACUCGCCUCAGAAGUUUAUACUCACUGCUGUGGAUUCAGGUGGAUAUUCUAUUCAGCAAACAUUUACGAUUGAACUCAGGUUUGCAAACACUGAUCCGUGUCACCUGUACACUGUUAGGACUAAAAAUAGCUACAAUUCCUUCAUCAAAGACAGACGGAGGAUUGAACUAUUUGUGGAUAAAAUGGCUGAAUAUUUCAAUAGCACGAGCAGUAAACACAUCUCUGUCUCCACCCUCAGGCCUGGUUCAACAGUUGUAUCAUGGUACAAUACCACCUUGUGCUUAGCAACUAAGAAAGCACAGCAUCAGUGUCAAAAGAACAAAAUCCUGGCAGUCCUAGUUGAAAUGAAGAUGCCUGAUGGCAAUGUGAAUCCAGGGUUUAUUGAAGCCAUGCUCCCAGAAUUCAGGAUCACAACGGUGGACAAUGUUACUUAUGGAGGAGUUUGCAUUUUGGAUUCUGAUCUGGCCCCCACAGCUACUACAACCGCUAGCUUUUUUAAAUCUGACAAAUAUUACUGGACAGUCACUACCUUGAUUACUUUGCUUAUUAUUCUGUGUUUAUUCCUGGUAGUGGUUCUUGCAGUUACAAUUUAUCGCUCUUGCGGAAAAUAUGAAAAGAUUCUUCCUUCAGAGUCACUUUUGUUCCAGAAUGACAGAGCAGCUGGUCACCUAGAGUUAGACUCCUUAAAGCCAAGAAAGCCACCAUUGUUUCAGCAGGAUGUUCCUCCACCAUCACCACCACCACCUCAACUAUGGGUAACUCUGUGUCAGCCUCAGAGAAUGCCUUUAACUCAUAAUAACAUUAUUCCCAACAUGCUCUACCAAAGAGACAACUUGCCCACUCACUCUCCUCCAAAGUACCAACUGCCACCUCCCUAUGAGCUCAGUUCCAGUAUUGUUAAAGCACAGACACAAAGGCCUUAUAAUAAAAUCUAAUCCACAGCAUUAUUAUUGGAAGUAGUGACUUUCAGAGAGAAUUAUUAUUCUGAUACCACAUGCCAGGUUUGUAUCUAUUGAAUAAAACUAAAUAUAAGACUACAAAUAAAUAAAUACAAAAUGUAAAUGGAGAUGAAAUGUAUGUAACAUAGCACCCUUACUGGUAGAGGUGAAAUGUAUUGUUAUGACUAUAUUAUUAUACAUGGAUAUUUGUAGUGCAUCAAAUGGGUCAUGGAAAAGAGGCAUAUGAUCAUGUCUUGUAUACAGUGAUAAGCAUUAAAUCGUAUCUUGUAUUAUUACACUUCUAGUAGGACGUUGACUACAAACUCAAUAUAAUGUGAUUAA